AUGUAUAUUGUACAGUCUAUAAGAGAGAAUAAAUGGGUGAUUCUGAAGUCAACAAGCUCUAAAAAAAAGAUUAAUCAGCAAGAAGAGAUACCUCCCAUAAAUUCAAUUAGUAUAAAGGUUCAAGCAGGACAGCUUGCAUAUCUAAUAUCUGAUGAAGAAUCUGAUUCAGAUAAGAAAUAUGAAUCAUUAAAAGAAAGAACAUCAGUUAAUAUUGAAACAGUUGAAGAAGCUAAGAAUAAUCAAAAAGCUAAGAUUGCAAUGCCCCAUACUCAGUAUACUGGACAAUUUAUUACUUAUCAGAAUAAUCAGGCUAGUAUUAAUGACAAUAUUAUGGAAGACAUUGAACCAAUCAAUCAGAAGAAGCCUGAAAUUCAGAGCAAGUUUACAGAGAAACAAAGAUCAAAAUAUUCUGCAACAGAUUGCUUAUCCUCUCAGAUCUGUCAAAUUCUCAAUGAAAAAGUCAAAUUAUCAGUCAAGAAGCUUAUAGAUGUGUCAUCAAAGCUUCAUCAAGCAUUCUUUAGAUCAGACUGGAAUAACAGUACUAGCAAAAGCCAUGUGAAGAUUGGAGUCUCCAAACCAGUUCAGCCUGAGCUAAAGAUUAAUUCUAGUCAACUCACAUCAAAGCCCAUAGUGCCAAAAUCCAAAACAGCAUAUGGAAUGCAUUCAUUAUAUGCACCAGUCACUAUAAAUCAACAAGAAUUAAUAGUGUUGAUCAAUACUGGUUCAGAAAUCAAUUUAUUGUCUCAGAAGUAUGCUGAAAUGUUAAAUCUGCCAAUAAAAAAUAAGUUAUAA